GAAGGCAGAAUGUUGUGCGUAGGUUGUCCAGUUAUAGUAAGAGAUUCAAUUCCCAAAAUAAAAGUGGUUUGACAUCUUUUGAAGUAGACCCUAAUUAUAGAGCUUCUUCAUGUAGUCAUCGUGCAGCUCAAACGCUUCUUACUCAGUCUCACAAGAAAUUGCCUUACCAAUUUGGUUGUAGUAGCCUAUGUUUAUUAGAGGUAAAUGUAGCAUCCUCUGAAGAAAAUUUGAGUGCCUAUGAUAGAAAUGAUAAAUCAUGUGGAGAUGAAAGUGAUAGUGGUACACUUAUUAAUGAUGAUAUUUACAUGUUUUCAGAGAAAGAAUCUGAUGAAAGUGAUAGCCUGUCUGUAUUUUCAGAGGAUGAAAAAUUCAACAAAGAUAAUCUUUCAAUUCCAUUUGUUUAUGGUGGAAGGCUUUCAGAUUUACUCCAGAAAAAUCCGUUAUUCAGAGGUUCAGUAUCAUCUACAGGCACUAUAAAUGGCAGUAAUAAUAGUGACCUCCUUUCAUUGUUGGAUAAUGAAGAAGCUGUAGAUGAUGGAAUGGUAGUUUGUGGUGUUUGUUGUUCCAGUGAGGAAGAAUUAAAAUAUUCAAGUGAUUUUGUUAGCCAGGACAAAGAGUCUCCAUCGAUGGAGAAUUAUGAACCAGUAAAUGAUCAUUUGACUAACACUGUACUGUCGUGUGUAUCCAGUAACAUUUUGACAGAAAAACACCUUGGUGUUGACUUAAUUACCUCCUGUUAUGAAGGCUUAGAAGACUCUGUCAAGUGUAUUAGCCAACCGAAGGAAUAUCAGAGUGACUUCACUAUGAAAGAAAUAUCAAGUGAACAUGAUACUGAUAUGCUUUUGUGUAUUGAGGAAUCUGCAAAUGGAGACUUUAAGUAUGGUACAAGGCAUGAUGGAGAUAGUGGUGUAGUUACGUCUAGUAAUGAAAAGUUCGUAGUAUCAUCCUGUAAUUAUAAAAAUGGGAAAAUUAAUAACUUACUAAAAGAUAAUGGAAAAUCAAGUUCUAACUUGCUCUCUCAAAGUAAAAAGGAGUGUGAUAAAGUUGGAAUAAUGGUACCAAGAUCAAAUCUGGUAAUAGGGCAGAAAAAUAUAUCAUUAGAGUGCAGUAACACUGAAACACUUUUACCUGUAAGAGAGCAAGUGUUAGAUAAAAAAGCUUUUUCAUGUACAAAUUCAAAUAGUUCCCCUCCAUGCACAGUUGAGUCUCUACCUAGCUGCCUUAAAAUUCCACUUGAUGCUGAAGUUGGUUCUCCUCAUGAGUCUAGUGAAAUAAAAAUAGCAGACUGCCUUGUUAAGAACAGAGAAUGUACAGCUCCUUUUUCAGAAAAUGAAUAUAAGACAUCUCAGAUUCCAAACUAUACCUUAAUAGUAGAUGAAGGAUAUUCUCUCAGAUUUUUGCCAAGAGAGAAACCAAAAGUGCCACCAAGAUGUUCGUCACUUAGCAAUUUAGUUCUUCAGCAAAGGAAAACACUGACUAGUAAAGUUCAAAGGAUGACAUCGGCUUUUAUAAAAGAAAAAAAGACUGGGGUUAGAACUAAUUCAUUCUUGGGACAAAGUGUAUUUGUUAACAAAGAGCCUUUCAGUAGUAAAGUUAAUCCCACAAACUCACCUGAUGUUGAAGCUGAAACAUCAGAAGAAAAAGUCUGUAGUGAAAAUUUAAGUCAUACAAAUAAAUAUGGCAAGAGUGAAAAAUGUGUUUCUUCAUCUAAUGAACCAAGUAAGUCAAAUUUGCCUGAUAAAAAGAUAUCAAGUGUAGGAAACAAUCAGUUUAGUAUUACAAAUGAGUGUAAAGAAUUUUAUUUGCCCACAAACAAAGAAGCAUGUUGCAUUGGAGUAAAUACUAGUCAUGUAAAAUGUGAUGGCAUAAGUAAGGAAUCUUUUACAAAAGAUAUAAAUUUCAGGACAACAGUCUUAAAGGAUGGUAUAUCUAACAAUACAGUUAAUAAAUAUUCAUUUAGUCAGAGUAAAAUGUUUCCCUCUGAAAUAGAGGAAAUUGUUGCUGCUGUUUCUGAUGAUGUUUAUAAUCCCUGUAAUGAAGUGAAAAGCAAUGCAGAGCAAAAUUCAGUUUUUUCUACCAAUACUAUCAUGAUUGACAAAAGUGCUAAAGAUAAAGCUAAUUCAUUUCCCCAAGUUGCAUUGGAAGUCCUUGAAAGAAAUAUUGAUACUGGGAAUACAGUUGGAGGACAUUUCAAUGAUCCUGUAUGCAAUACAAUUGAAAUUAAUGAGAUAUCAUGUACUGUAAGACAGGAGGAGGGUGACACCUCUGAAAUGCAGAAUCAUGUUAAUGAUCCCAGCUCCCCCAGUGUGUGCAACUCUUUUCAGUUUUGUUUAAGCAAUCAAAAUGGUGUAAAAGACUCAUCUAAAAAUGCAAUUUUUUCAGAAAGUGGUUGUGGAAACCAUCACAAAUCAUUGUUUGGCAAGACUCGGGUAGAUGUACUUACUACAAGUGCGAAUGUGGAAAAUGUUUCUGAGGAAAUUAAACAAGGAAACAUGAUAGAUAAUGAUAUUGCUGAAGAUAAGUUUUUAAAUAACACAAAAAAGACUUUUAGAGUUAGAAAUUUGGAUGAGUCCGACUAUGGAGACGUUCUGAAAGACUUAAUUUUCAAAACAUCCACUGUAUCUGUAGAUGCAAAUGGUCAGUCUUUUGAGAGGAUGAAUCACAAAUAUGAGGUUAGCUGUGGCAAAAGUGCAAUUUUCAUCCCAGGGAAAGCUUCAGAUGUGAAGGAUACUGGUGCUGCAAUUACUAUUUCAGGAAAGAAUGACUGUCAAGUUCAAAAUAAUUCCAAAAAUACUGCAAGGGCCAACAGCUUUAGUGAACACGGUUACCAUGUGGUGAAAAACCACAUUGAAGGCACUUGUUUGCCCCAUAGCACAGAAGAUGGAAAAAAGCAUAUGAGCAGCACACGUAGACAAAUUUUAACUGAGCCAGGUCUCUGUAGAAAUUUAAAUAACACUUCGUGUGAAUUAUCAGCUGAAAAUAGUUUUGAUUUGGAAAAAUCAGAGGCCAUACAGACUUGUGAAGAAAAACAUUUGUACAGUAGAGUAAAUUAUGUUGAAUAUGCUGGACCUUUGCAAAAUGGAGACAGUGGCAUUACAAAAGUUGAAGGUUUAUCCACCACAAAACUUCAAGAAUAUGUUGAGCCAUGUGACAGUGUUGUUUCCAAAUGUUUGUUCUUUCACCCUUCAGAAACUGGAAAUGAGAGUGUUUCUACUUCAGACGAGUGGUUUAGUGAUAGUUCCCUUAACCAAGGAUAUGUAAGAAAGAGUUCCCUUAACCAAGGAUAUGUAAGAAAGAAAUCUAUUGUGAACAAUGCUAUCAUCUUUAAAAAUUUUAAGAAAAGGCCAGCACCACCUCCUCAAAGAACCAUUUUUAUCAGUCGAAACUCACCAGCUCGUUUUAGUAUCAUUAAAUCACCACUUGAAAGAGAGAAGCGUGUUUUAGCUAAUCAGCCCCUACAGACUUUGACUAGUUCUCUAGAAAGCAACCACUACGGAACCCCUAAACCCCCAUCUUUACCACCUGAUCACUUAACCAGAGGAGCAGUUGGAGGUGGAGUGCUACCAGGUGCUCAUCCAAGUUCAGAGGGCAAACGAAGACGUAACCGCUCCAAUGUAGAAGCCAUGGCUGCUAACACUACCACUGCAGAACCACCUUCUGAAUCUCCACGCCACCCUUAUCCACAGGGGGACCAAUUUAGUCCCUCUGGCAUGCACUCAACAAUGGUGGCAGAAGAUGGAGGCAUGCAGCUACAUCCCCCAGAUUCUCCAACUUCAGGAGAGCUAGGACCUCUACCAUAUAACUGGGAAAAGGCCUAUACUGAAAAUGGAGAGCCAUAUUAUAUUGAUCAUGUGGCUGGUACUUCCUCAUGGUUGGAUCCUAGAUUAGCCAGAGUUCAGAAGCGAAAUGCUGAAGAAUGUGCAGAAGACGAGUUGCCAUAUGGUUGGGAGCGUAUAGAUGAUCCUCAGUAUGGUACUUAUUAUAUUGACCAUGUGAAUCGAAAAACACAAUAUGAAAACCCUGUGACUGUUGCAAAAAAGCAGCCAGUUACCCCUGCUCAAGGUGGAGGAAGUAGUCCAAGUGAGGGUGGCAACAACACCUUUCCUCGACAGAAGAAGUCAGCUAGCGAUAUUAGCGGAGCACCACCCACAAAUGCUCUUGAAAGCUCUCAGCCCCCAUCCAGUAAUGGUCACAAACGCGCAAACAGUGAGUGUGAUCUAAAGUCUUCCCACACAGGGCUCAUGCUGUACCUGCCCUGUUUACCGUGCUUGGCAUCAGAAGGCAAAGAGUCAAAGCUGCAGGUGCAAGAGCAGCAAACGUACAUUCGGGUUCACAACCGUAUGGACAAGAAUUCCCUCCCUCGGCCCCGCUCACUCUCUCCUAAUUACAAACAUUCUGAUGUUUCACCUAAACACUCCAAUCUUACUAGUCGGCAAAAUUUAACAAUAUCAUAUCCCAUGGAUCCUAUUCACAUAGCUAGUGGUACACCUCACAAAACUGUCAAUCUUUCACAAGAAUCUCGGGUCAUUAAGCCUAGUAAUUUGGUUUUAUCCCAUAAUAAUACGUACAUUGAUCAAGCCGCAGGUGGAAAACUUAGUAAUACUUUCAAGAAUCAAAAACCCAAUCUUAGUCAAUCUUUCAGUAGCCAAGAAGUGAAAAAUCCCACUCUCAAUCAGACUAUAGUUCCCAACUUUGCUAAACCACACUUCCCCAGUUAUCAGGACAUUGCUUCAAAUCCCUUACAUCCAAGGAUGCCACAGUCAUCCUCAUCUCCGAAAGGUCCUCCACCGGCCUCGUUUGUUGGUAGACCUUACAGUAGCCCCAAAGCUAGUAGUUCUAAGCCAUGCCUCAGCAAUGUUGAACGAUCUGGUUCUCCUAAUAAUCUGUUUGGAUAUUCAGCAUCCCCAAUUUUUCCUGGCACACCUCAGUUUCCUUCUCCUCAUUCGUACCCUCUCUCUAGGUUUUUCUCUUCAACGUUACCCAGCAGUUCAGACUUAUCAUAUCCCCCAGUUCACCAAAGAUCACAUUCUAGUUAUUAUCCUUAUGCCACCCUUACUCCAUCAUCCUCCCCUCUCUACCAUCCAUGCGAGGAUCCUAUAGUAUCAGCAGUCAGCUUGAGACGGAAAGACCGAUCUGGGCAGAGUGUAGUAUUUACGCGUAACCCGGCUGAGUUACAAGGAGAAUUCAUACGAACUAGUUUAGUCAAGUCUUCAAGAGGGUUGGGAUUCACAAUAGUUGGUGGAGAUGACAAUGAAGAGGAGUUUUUGCAAAUCAAAAGUGUUGUUCCCAAUGGCCCAGCUUGGCAAGAUGGAAAACUACGCACAGGCGAUGUGCUUGUGUAUGUUGGAGAUACCUGUGUCUUAGGGUAUACCCAUGCAGAUGUAGUUAAUAUGUUCCAAAACAUAGAUCCCGGGAGAACAGUGUAUUUGGAGGUGUGUCGUGGAUAUCCAUUACCAUUUGACCCAAACGACCCAAAUACUGAAAUUGUUACCACAGUAGCUGUUACAUCUGCUGAUUCAAGAUCUACGAAGUCAGUGUUUGGUGAAGGUUAUGAAAGAUCGAGAAAUAAUUCUUCUGAGAGCAUGAACACUGCAAAGUCCAUGCCAGAUUUAAGUAAUCCAGAACGAGUUCAACAGGUCCCAAGACCUGGCAGUGCUGAUCUUCUUAGCUCAGAAAAUUUUGAUCAUACUCCAGAUAUUUUAGACUUUUAUCCAUCAUCUUUAAGUAAACCUGAGUAUUUGACAAUACCAAUUGUUAAAGGAACUGGUGGGUUUGGGUUUACUAUAGCAGACAGUGCGUAUGGACAAAAGGUGAAAAAGAUAUUAGAUCGUAGUAGGUGUAAAAACUUGAUAGAAGGUGACAUUUUGGUAGACAUAAACAAUAUUAAUGUGAAGGGAAUGAGUCAUACAGAAGUGGUUCAAGUUUUAAAAGACUGUGCCCAUGGUCAGGAAGCAAUUAUUAUGGUGCAACGAGGAGGUGUGAGUUCUCCUUCAAAAUCCAGAGGGAUGCGAAAAGAACAGUCUAGUCCAAAAAAAGCUGGAGUUGCUGGUGGUUUAUUUAGAAGUAAAACACCAACUGCAGAUAUGUACAGUUCCCAACCCAAGGAAGUUAUUCCAAAUAGACCGAAAACACCUCUUGUAGAUACACGUAACCGACCAAAAACCCCAAAUGUCAUGACUGGUGUUGAUUCUGGUGUUCCAGGAGAAACUAGUAGACAAGGUGAAAGUGUAACAGAUUAUCGGCCACCUUACACGCCAACUUCAAGUAGCGCACCAUUCCCAGGAGCCUUUUCAUAUACUGGAGGUGGCCAGGUGGACUCACAGUAUGAUGCAUCAAAAAUUAACAGCAUAUCAGGACAGAUGAGCCAAGUUAGUUUAGAACAGAAUAAUUAUGAAAAUUACUUAAGUGAGAGUAGUGGAGCACCUGAUCAAGGAGGGUAUCGAGGGGAUGGGCCCCCUAUGCAGAACAGCAAUAGCUAUCACUCGAAUGACAUGUAUCCUCAAGACUCGUUUUAUCAACAGCAGCACAGUGAUCAGGCAUACGAUUAUGAAAUGAAGAGAAAUCAUGCUAAAACCCCUACAAGGGAAUAUGGUAAUCAUAGUUUUUCACAGGACCCAUACUACAGUAACAAUAACAGUAAUAAUAAUCAUAUAAAUAAUAAUCAUAGUGGUCAUGGUGAACAAAACUCAGGGUAUGGUUACAUGCAAUAUCCUAAAGAUGGGUAUGACCUUCCUCGGCAAGAUUCAGGUUACAGUUCACAGGCACAGAUUCCUCCAGCACGGAACCCAUAUCCUCUGUAUUAUGGUCAGAAUAAUUCAGCUGGCUAUGGCAACCAAGCGGAUAGUUUAGGAAGAAGAAAAGAAUCUACUAGCUUCGAGUACGAACACCCAGCACCUGUCAGUAUGCCAAGAUUUCCUGACGGGCGUUACAGUGUUAAUCCAAGAGUGCCCCCACCUGGUCCUAAUGGCAGUUUAGGUUUUAUGGAAUUCUCAGUAACCCUUAAGAGACAAGAAACCGGUUUUGGUUUCAGAAUAGUUGGGGGUACUGAGGAAGGAUCUCAGGUAUCAAUAGGCCACAUUGUUCCUGGGGGAGCUGCUGAUCAAGAUGGAAGUGUAGCUUCUGGAGAUCAAAUAGUUGGGGUAGAUGGGGAGAUGGUGGUAGGAUCCAGCCAUCAUCGUGUUGUUCAGUUGAUGUCAGCUGCAGCAACACAGGGCCGUGUCACACUGACUCUCAGAAGGAUGAUGUCAACUUCAACUGAACUUCAUAACAGAUCACUUGAAAUGCAGUAUCCAUAUGAUGUUGAAGUGACAAGAAGAGAAAAUGAAGGUUUUGGUUUUGUUAUCAUAUCGUCUGUUACAAAAUCUGGCUCCACUAUAGGUCGGAUUAUUGAGGGAAGUCCAGCAGAGAGAUGUGGGCGACUCCAUGUUGGAGAUCGCAUCUUAAGUGUGAAUGGUGUUGAUAUUAAAACACUUCAUCAUGGCCAUAUAGUCAAUCUUAUCAAAGAAUCAGGUUACUCAGUCACAUUAACCAUUGGGCCUCCAAGAGAUGACACUUCAAGUACCACAUCAAACUCUCAGCGGAGCUCUCAGGGAUCCAUGAUACUGGCUCAGGCCACACCAGUCACAGCCCCUCAAGCUGCCCCGGGCAUCCCAGCCCUCACCUCUACCCAGGCUGAGAGUGAUGCAGGCGAUGAUGGCGAAUAUUAUAGUGUGGAACUUCAGCGUGGCAAGCGAGGCUUUGGAUUCAGUAUUAGGGGUGGCCGUGAAUUCCACAACAUGCCACUUUUUGUGCUCAGGAUAGCAGAAAAUGGUCCUGCAGCAGAAGAUGGGAAGCUUAAGGUUGGGGAUCAGCUAAUGGAAAUUAAUGGUAUGUCAACCAAAGACAUGACUCAUGCAGAUGCCAUUGAAUUAAUAAAACAGUGUGGAAGCAGCGUUUCCUUAAUGGUAAAACGUGGUGGAAAAUUGCCGCAGCAUAUGGAAACUAUGAACCCUAACAUGUUAGGUUCACCAGUAGGUCCUCCACCUCCUGGCACAAAUAUUAGGUCAACAGCUACACUACCCCAUCCAUCACCAGGCUCCAUGGGACAGUCAUACCCACCUCCACCAGGGCUUCCAAGUCAUCCAGGCCCUCCUGUUCAUUCUUACACCUCUAGUGGUUAUCCUCCAGCAUAUCCCUACAAUGGUGCUGUAAGGGGUCCACAACCCCUACACUCAUCUCCAGCAACCCAGUAUCCACCUCCUCUCAUGCCAAAUGGCCCACUCAGCCAGUCAUCUCCUCGAGUCACGGCCGCAGAAAAUUAUUACUGGAAUCGUGUGUCUGAUCAUCAACAAAUGUAGUGUGUGCGAUGAUGAAUAACCUUUACUAUUUAUUGCUCCAAAGUGCUGUUUGCAUUUCACAAUUAGUCACAAAACUGUCACAAAAUGCAAUUCAGUAUUUUUCUUUCAAAACUGGUUUUUAUCUGGAAAAUGCAAGUGGUACUCAAAGUAGAUAAUGCUUUAAAUAUGCUCAGUGCCUCCAGUGUUCACUUGGGACCAUGGUGUUUUAAUAGACUGUUGGUCUCAUAAUUCUGAAAUUAUUUCAGAUAAAAGAAAUGAUGGCUGUUUUAUUGUGAUCUCUUUGUCUUUGUGUCUUACUCAAAGUCUAUGUAUGAUUCAUAUAACCUAAUUACAGUUUUCUCUAAGAAAACUUUAUAAAUUAGGUUAAUUGACUAUGGAAAUAUAUAUAUGAAAUGACAUUUAUCUACUUCCAGUCAGUUAAACUUUCUGAGUUCUGAGUAGGUACUGGAUCAUAACCAAAGUGGCCUUUUUAUAUGGUACAGUAGUAGGACCAGUGCUCAAUGCAUUUGUGCUUUUGCCUCUUCAUACCAGAAAUCCAACUUGUUUAUAUAAAUCAUACUAUUUACGUUCAAAGGGUAACAUGCCACUUUUAAUACGUGUGUAAAUAUGUAGGUGUCAAGUUUGUUAUGAGCAGUUUGUUGAUCGAUUAUGGCAGUUCUUUAAAUUGUUCAUUUGUUUAAAAUGUAAUUAGACUGUAAUUACUUGUAUGUAUAAACUAUAUACUGACUGACACUGCCUUUAAUAGGAACCCACAAAUGCCUUAAAAGUGAAUUGUAAGUAUUGAACAGUUAGAAAUAUUGUACGUAUUCUGAAGGUUUAUAUUAUUUUGAUUAUCAGGACAGUUACAAUAAAGUGACUGUCAUUGUAUUAUAUACCUUGUUAAUAAAAUAUACAUGACAGAUUAUGUUUACUAA